AUGGUCGUUGCCCCCGUCGUGUCCUUUACCCGUCUGGGUGACUCUAACCGGCUGUCCUGUGUCGUCACCGGGUUUUACCCUCAAGCCAUCGAGGUGACUCUGUGGAGAGACGGAGUGUUGAUCGAGGAGACCCUGUCCACUGGGAUCUUACCCAAUCACGACAGGACCUACCAGAUCCGGAAAUGGAUGGAGUUUGAUCCGGAGGAUCAGGCUGAGUAUUCCUGUCGGGUGGAACACAGCGGGCUGGAGGAGGAGAAGAUGGUGAUUUACGAAUCAAAGUCUCGGUCCCAGGUUCCUGUUCCGAUUGGGAUUAUACUCGGGAUCAUCGGGAUCAUCGCUCUCACCGUUGUGGCUAUUGUCGUCUAUAAGAAGAAAGUGAGAGGGAAGAGCGGCUACAAUCCUACACAGACUUCUGGUACAGGGGAUUCCUCGCCCAGCUCCUGAGUGUCCUCCCAGGUCCUGACCAUUAAUCCAGGGAUAUCGGUUCCCGAUAUCAGUGGGAGGAGUGGAUGAGUGAAUCCUGGAGGACGUGAUUUCCUCGAGAUGACAGCGAGUGAAUCGUGGUGGCUCUACAUUGUUACUGUAUAAAUAGAACUGUAAAUGUCUGCUGUUUCUCUAUUUCAGGCUUGAAUUUUGAACCUACUCUGAUCCGCUCUGUUUAACUUGCACAGAGUCUCGGAAUGCAACUCACUCACGGCCAAUUCACUCACUGCUUUCACUGUGAGGCAGAGUGGGCGUCUAGUGAGGGGUCUGUUCCCCGGUUAGUUCGGGGCCAUGGGGUUGCUCGCAGUUACAGUGGUGUAGGAGAAGGGGUUGUUGCACUGAAACCACAGGCUGAGAUCAGGAGGAAUUAAUUGCUGGGGAUCAGGGAGCCUGUGUCUCACAGAUUUUUUGGUGCUGUGAGAUUAUUUGUUUUGUGCUUUACAAACCAGAACCUGCUCCUGCAAUUUUUAACGCUUCUCCAAUUCCUAUGAGAAAUUAGGUUCUUUCUCCGCUUUCCUGUCUCUGUACAGCCCUCCGUUCAAAACAAAUGCCACUGGUGGGGAAUAAUUUGAGACUUUUAGGAAUAAAAUGAUCAGGAAUCUGUAUCAAGAGAAAGUAUAGCAAUAAAUUAGCAGCCAGCAGAGAUUUCAGAAGAGAAAAUGGUGCUUCUCAAAGCUCCAAGCAUUCUUAAGUGUUGGUAACAUACACUGUGAUGGAGAAAUCUGGUGGAUGCAGUGUACAUGGACUUCAGGAAAACCUUUGACAAGUUACCACAAGGGAAAUUAUUAGAGAAGAUUAAAUGAAUCUUUUGGACGUCUCUUGUCCAAACAAGGUUUAACUGGAUCACAAAGAUCGUGCACCAUGUCAGCCCCUCAUUCCAGAUUAGGACCUGGAAUAUGCCAGAAGUUGAUGACAUGUAACCUGUCCAGCUCCAUCUCCCCAAGUAGUUAUUCUUGCCUUUGAUCUGGGUGCAGGGCAUAUUUCCAGUACUUCUAUGUAGGAGUGAAUCACUCUGCACGCUUGGAUGAUGGGACACAAUAUGAACAUAAUGGUUCCAUUUUAAACUGGGUGCAGGAACAGAUAGUCCUGGGAAGGUAUGUACAUAAAUCUCUGAAGGUGACAGGGCAAGUUGAGAACAGCUAAACCAAGUGGGUAGCACCCUCCCCUCUGAAACGGAAGGUUGGGGCUUCUUGACACAGCCCAGGAAGUGCUGCACUGUGUGAGGGUCGGUACUGAAGGAGUGCUGCACUCUCAGGGGUGUCAGUAUUGUUGGAGUGCUGCACUGUCAUAGGGGCAGUUUUGACCAACUACUGCACUGUUAGAGGGGCACUCCUGAGGGAGUGCUGCAUCUUUGGAUUGGUUCUUCUGAGGGAGUGCUGCACCCUCUGUGGGCAGUACUGAGGAGCUGCAGCCUUGUUGGAGAGGUGGUACUGAGUGAGUGCUGCACUUUUGGAAGGGAAGUGCUAAGGGUGUGCUGCUCAGUCACAGCAGAAGGACUGAGGGAGUGCUGUACUGUUAAAGGUUACGUUCAGUUUGAAGGUGUGAAACUUGGGUCUAAAACUAGUGUUUUAAACUUCAAUAAAUGUAAUUACAAAUUGAUGAAUCUAGACUUGUACAAGUAGACUGGGAAAGCAGUUUAAAGUUAAGACAGAUAAUAAGCACUGGGAGAUACCUAUUGAUGUAUCCCAUAACUCUCAAGGAAAAUAUAUUCCAUGGAGAAGGAAAGACUCGAGGAGAAGGGGCACUAUCCAUGUCAAACUAAGCAAGUUAAGAUUGGUAUCAAAUUGUAAGAAAAUGUGUCUAAUGUUGCAAAGAUUAGUGGUAGAUCAGAAGAUUGGGAAAAUUUUAGAAACCAGCAAAGGUUGUGAAAAAAAAUAGAGGGAGAGAUUACAGGUAUCGGUGCUGAUGCCUCAACUAAUUUGGGAGAGGUACUGUGAGAGGGGGAGAGGGACUGCGAGAGGGGGAGAGGGACUGCGGGAGGGGAUAAUGGGCAAGGAGAAAUGAGGGGAAUGGAGGAUGUGUAAUUGGGAGGAGUGAUGGAAAUGGAAGUGGGGAGGGGGAAAUGUUGAAUUGAGUAAGGGGGUCAGCAUAAUGCGACUGGGUUAUUGUGUGGGUUUUUGUGGGCAGGGUAAUGGUUUUGUCUAUAUAUAUAUUUAUGGUCUGUCCCAUUUACAGAGGUCACAGACAGAAUGCAUUUGCUUUCUUCCUGUCUGUAAUCAGUAUGUUUUGUAUGAAAAGUGGCGUGUCUUUUCUUACUCUUAGAGUGCGUAUACAAUUUAAAAUAUUCAGCAGCAAGCUUUUAUGAGUUUUAAAUAAAUACCAUAAUUUAU